AUGGCGCCGUCUCGCGCAUUCGGUAUGAGCUCCUCGUCGGCCUCCUCGCGACAUGCGAAUCGCGCUCGAGCCGCGUCAGACGAAGAAGAGUAUUCCGAUGCGGACAACCACUACCGUGCCAUCAAAAAAGCCACCGCGUCUGCAGUCCCGAGCAAGUCGAGCCUGUACAAAUCGUCGGCGAGCGCACCGUCGCGUGCCAAACGGCCCAGCGACGAAGUGGCCUCAGACUACGACCAUACCCGAGCUGUCAAGAAGAGUGCGUCUUCCACACACAAGAGCGGUGGAUCCUCGAAAGCGACACGACACGGCAAUGAAGAAAGCUCCGAUGUUGAGGGAGACGAUCCCGCCGCCUCUGCUCUGUCCGAGGAGCUGCUCAUGGACACGCGCGGGUUUGGUGACUAUGUCGACAAGAAGCUGUCCAAGCUCGCAUCGAAACGCGAACAGAUGCUCGAGGAACGUCUGGAACGCCUGAAAUCGCAACGCGAUGAGAUCCAGGCGCAGUACGACGAGCUCCGACAACUCCGGUACACCGACCCGGAACAGGUGCUGGACGAUUUCAAAAAGACGGCAGAGGCGCGCUAUCGCCACGACAAGGAUCUGAUCAGCUCGCUCAAAGUCAAAGUGGAAGCGGCCGAGAAGCGGGCCAAGGAAGCCGAGGGCGGUGUUUCAGCACCGGGGGGCGCGGAUCGAAGCAUGAGCAUCCUCAAUGCCAGCGUGAUGCGCGAGAGCGUCCAGCCCGAACUCUCAGACCAGCGUAUCGAGGAGCUGGAGAAGCAGCAUCGCAAGGAGAUGGCCGAGGCAAUUCGAACGCAGAAGCGGCUCGAGGAGGACGUGCGUGCGUACAAGCUGCAGCUCGAGCAAGAGAUCGCGCAGUCCAAAGCAAACGGUGCCAAAGCCUCGUCCGCAGCUACCGCCACCUCGGCAGCCUCAGCCUCUCUCGCAGCGCUCGAAGACGAAAAAGCAGUACGCAAGCUGUACGAGGACCUCACCGGCCUCGUCGUCACAGGCGUAGAACGCAUCGAGGCCCACCAGCCCUUCCGCCGCUUCAAGGCCAUCUUUGCACAGGAAGACUACUACUCGGUGCUCAUGGACCUCGAGGAAUCCUCGUCCAAGAUCUCGUCCACUUCGGGCGCGGCGGGCAAGAGUCAGACGCGAGACGAUAUCGUCUACGUGCCCAAGAUCGACGAGGACCGGGACAGCGAAUUGCUCAACAGCCAGCUGGUGCCGCAGGAGUGGCUGGAUGCGUUGCGGUUUGAUCGCAACAUGCUGUUCAAGUGGUACGAGAAGACACGCAAGGCGUUGUUGACCGACGAGGCGAGGAUGAAGAUCCGCGCUAGGGAGGAGAGGGCGGCGAGGCAUUGA